AAAGAUUGUAACGAGUGCUGCAGCUGCUGGAUGAUAGUUUUUCUGCCGGUAGAAGCCUUCAAAGUGAGGUCCUUUUCACUAUGGAAAAUUGUGAUGAAAUUGAGAUUGAAAGCCCAAAGAUCGAGCCAAGCGAAUCGGCUUACGAAGCUCCUCCAAAGGAUGUUGGCAAAAGCCAUGAGUGCGAGAUUUGCGGCAAAUCCUUUAGAAAGCGACAAGUUAUGAGAGUGCACUUGCGCUCACAUAUUGGCGACAGAUGUUUCAAAUGUGACGAAUGCGGUAAAGCAUUCAUCCAUCGGCAUCAUCUGACGCGGCACAAGCGGAUGCACUCGAGCGAACGAAAUCCUGCCACGGAAAGGUCCUGCGGGUGUAGUAUGUGUGGAAGCAUGUUUUUGAAUCGAUACCAUCUUAAGCGACAUAUGGAUCAUUCAUGUAAACUACGGAACAUUCCCGCCGAGAAAGCCUUCAAAUGUGACGAGUGCCCAAAGGCGUUCGUUGAUCAAUACCAUCUAGAACGACACAAAGCGACUCAUACGGAACAAAAACCAUACACAAAACCGUACAUAUGUGAGAUUUGUGGUAAGGAAUUUAGGUAUAGAUUCUUUUUGACAGAACAUGUACGAAUCCACACCGGCGAGAGACCUUACGAGUGCGAUGUUUGCGGCAAGGCAUUCAGUAGCCAGGGUACUCUAUCUUCGCACAAGAAUUUACAUUCUAGUGAACGGUCUUUCGAGUGCACCGUUUGCGGAAAAGUAUAUUCGUCAAAAUCAUACCUUAAAAUUCAUGAACAAACACAUGCCACCACCCCGAAAAACAAGUGUGAAGUAUGUGGUAAACUUUGUAUAACAAAAACCAAUCUUAAACUUCACGAAAAGGUCCACCGGGGAGAAAAUCCUUUCGAGUGCGCAACCUGUGGCAAGAACUUUACUACUUCGAGUUACUUGAGAGCGCACGAACGGCUGCACACUGGACAGGGCUUGUACAGAUGUCACAUUUGUAAUAAGGAGUCCAUCUCGAAGACAGGUUUGUACGUUCACAUGGUAGUACACAUGAGCGAACCGCCCCACAAAUGCAGCAUCUGCGGGAAAAGGUUCACCAGCGAAAGAAGCCUUAAAUCGCAUUCGCGCCAGCAUCAAGACUUGUUCGAAUGUGACAUUUGUGGCAAGAAAUUUCCGAACAAACGAAGAACGCGAAAUCACCUCAUAAUCGUACACAUGAGAAAACGAUUGCACAAGUGCAAUCUCUGCAGCAGAAGCUACGUUAAAAAGGGAAGUCUUACGCUGCACUCGUCGUUGGUACAUCAACCACCGCAAGCUGAUGGCGAAGAGAUGUUCCAGUGUGAUAUUUGUGCUAAGGAGUUCCCCAAGAAAUGCAAACUGAGAGCUCACAUGGUAGUGCACAUGAGUGAACGGCCGCACAAGUGCAGCCACUGCAAUAAAAGUUAUACGGACAAAAGAAGCCUGACGGCGCAUUUGCUGUCACAUCAGCAGCUUGCGGGCUCAAGCACUGCCUAUAGCUGA